CAGGAGCAAUAUUGGCUUGUAACAGGGUAGCACACAGCUUAGCACUAUGAGGAAUACCUAUUACAACAUUGUAUUGUGGAUCUGCUUCAUUGGUGUUCCUGUUGCUGUUUCACUCCCAUCACCAUACGGGGAGUGCUGGGAAUUUUGUGGAACGGAUGUGGUUCCUGUCACUUCCGAUAUGGAGGCAAUCUGUGUGAAUGACACCGCAAACUGUACUUACUGUAUGUUCCAUCCGAAGUGUUGUCCGGAACGAGUGGAAUGUAUAGGUGUAUGGGGACUUAGUCCUACCCCUGAUGGCAAGUGCCUUGUGUGUCCUGAUCAAGAAUGCGUGUACAACGGUCACGCUUAUUAUGUUGGUGAUACCUUCGAGUCCCUUGACAAUGUGAACAUGUGUACCUGUAACGCUGAUGGAAGGAUAUCGUGUGGCAUUGAGCCAUUACCUACCCCCGACGUUUUCUGUUCGGUCUGACAGCCCAGUGUGACUUUAGUCCGUCAGCUAGUUCUGGUACAUUUUGUUAAAAUGAAACAAUGAUUUAUAUGAUUAUUUGUUAUUAAAUAUAUAUAA